UCUGCACGCUUCUAUCUUCAUUCUUCUUCUCUCCCUUUCUUGGAAACGCUGAAACGUAGCACGCUCUGGCCGUCCGUCGCUCUUUCUCCAGAGUUUGUGCUUUAUCUCUGACAUAGCAGCAAAGGAGGGAGGGAUUGGAUUUUUCAAAUUUUUUCUUCUUCUUGUUUGGCUUCUUUCUAUGCUCUGUUUCGAGCUAGAGAAAAUCAGAGCAAGAUUACAAGGUUCCAAUGGCAACCUUAAGAAAUCUGAAAAUCAAGACAGGAACAUGUAAACGUAUUGUUAAAGAGUUGCAGUCAUAUGAGAAAGAAGUUGAGAGAGAAGCUGCAAAAACAGCAGACAUGAAGGAGAAAGGAGCUGACCCUUAUGACCUUAAGCAACAGGAGAAUGUGCUGGCUGAGUCAAGGAUGAUGGUACCUGAUUGUCGCAAGCGCCUGGAGGCCUCAUUAUCUGACCUGAAAGGAACUUUGGCUGAGCUGGAGGAGUCAAACCAAAAGGAAAGCCCAGAAAUUGAGGAAGCACAAAGCACUGUAAAGGAGGUUGAAGAGUUGUUUCAAACAACUGAAGCUUAGUGUUGGAGAGCUUUCAUUAACGGUGUCAAUGGAUUUUUGAGUUUGUUUUUCCCAUUUACAGCCAGUUGGCAUGGAGGGAGUGCAUUUUGAUGGGUUUUUGGAACCUUGCUUUUCUGGUAGCCGUAUUGUCUCUUGUCUUGUGUUGGCGUCACAAAAAACUUAAAAACUAUUGCAUGUAUAGAAUAUUUUUCUUGUUAGUUUUUGUUUCUAUAGUAUUUGGCACCUUGUGUCUUAUUUUUUGUGAA